GAAGUUCUAAUGUCAAAGAUUAGUACUUACGAAGAUGAAAUAAAUGAAUAUCAUUUAUUCUUCAAUAAUUCUUCCGUUACUAAGGUUUUCGUUCUCGAUCUUCGCGGAAAAUCUUCUACAAAGAAACUCCAACAAGAAAAGAACAUAGCAAAACAAAAAUUUUCAGAAAGAAUGACGCGAUAUACUUUAGAUAAUCCUAUACAUGAGGAUUGA